AUACCAUGGUUGUAAGAUUGUCGGAUUGAGAACCGUAUUGCCAAGCAUUUCUCUCCACUACAAGAUGAAGAACAUGAGUUUAGGAGUGCUCAGUUAGUUAAUGUACGUUUUCACACCCAAAAGAAGAAAGAAAGUCACCGCAAGAAGAGGAGAAGGGAAAGUAAAGGCACCAUCAAUCUCCACUAUAUAUCGUUCGUCAGCCACACACUCUACAUCUGGUCAAUUCUCUGACAUGCCCCGGAUCUUCCCUCUUCAUUCCUUCUUCAUUACUCUGUUAAUUGCUUCGGUACUCCCAUGGCUGCCUUCAGCUUCAUUGUGGGCAUCAUCGGCAAUGUAAUCUCCAUACUAGUUUUCGCUUCUCCCAUAAAAACGUUCUCAGGAGUGGUGAAGAAGAAAUCAACAGAGGAUUACAAAGCGCUUCCAUAUAUAACCACGCUGCUGAGCACAAGCUUGUGGACUUUCUAUGGGCUUCUCAAGCCGGGAGGCCUGCUCGUCGUCACCGUCAACGGCACCGGAACUGUUUUCCAGUUCAUCUAUGUCACUCUGUUUCUCAUCUAUGCUCCCAAUAACAAAAAGGUAAAGUUGACGAAGCUGGUGGGCUUGUUAGAUGUUGGCUUCCUUGGUUUAGUAAUUGCAAUCACUCUGUUAGCAUUCCAUGGAGACAUGAGACUCACUUUCUCUGGAGUAAUUUGUGCAGCAUUCACCAUUGGCAUGUAUGCAGCACCCCUAUCAGUCAUGAGAACAGUGAUAAAGACGCAGAGUGUAGAGUUCAUGCCAUUUCCCCUUUCAUUUUUCUUGUUCCUCAACGCCAGCUCCUGGUCUACUUACGCCCUGCUUGUCAAAGACUACUACAUUGGAGUGCCAAAUGGAAUUGGGCUUGUGUUGGGUUCUUCCCAACUACUGAUCUAUGCAAUCUACAAGAACAAGUCAGAGUCUCCAACCUCAACUGAGAAGAUGGAGGAGGAAGAAGGCUCAGCCCACCUGGUUAGAGGAGCAGUUGAAAUGCAGGCCUUCGACAACGACGACGCUGCCAAAACGAAAAACCAAAACCUCCGCAAGGGGCGGAGCCUCCCGAAGCCGAGCGUGUUGCGGCAGCAGAGCUUGCAGAAGAUCAUGAAGACAUUUUCACUGAGUCCAUAUGAGUUGCACCAUGGUUGGCCCAAUGAGAAGUGAACUGGGAAUGUGAACAAUGGCCACCUCCCUCUUGAUGAUUCCAAUGGAAGCCCAAAUGGUGAUCAAGAGAGUUUUGAGUCUUGGAUGGAACUCCAAGUGCAUUAUAUUCCAAGAAGCCUCAUUUAUAUUGUAUGUGAAUAGAGAGGUGGAAGAGGGAGUUAGGGUUGGCUUUGAUCUAAAGUUAUCUUUGUGAAGCCUUUUUAGGUUUCCUCAAUGUGCAAUAAAAAUGGGAUAGAUUUCAA